AUGGUUGCAGAUAUAUCUGUGGUAGAGUCCAAUGACAACGAGUGGUUCUUCUGCCCAAAGGAUCGUAAGUACCUAAACGGGCAGCGACUGAACCGAGCAACUGAACGAGGCUACUGGAAAACUACUGGUGAAGACACGAACAUAACGACUAAAAACGGAGCAAAAAUUGGGAUGAAGAAAACCUUGGUAUACUACAUUGGUCGAGCUUCUUACGGCAAGAGGACUCAUAUGGUGAUUCAUGAAUAUUGUCCAACUGAAAACUCAUUGGAUGGAUCACACCCUGGCCAGUUCAUACUGGGAAAUGUGAUUUGCCUGUUGCAAGGUCCAUUUGUGCUUUGUCGUAAGUUUAGGAGGAGUGAUUUGAAGCAGGACGAGCAUGUUGGAAACCCCAAUUUAGAUGUUGAACCGAAUGCUUCAUUGCCAAAUCACCUACCGAAGAUGAAUUGUCAGAGGGAGUCACUCCGUUAA